AUUCAAUUGCAGUUUUGACAUUUGCAUAGGGCUCACUGCGUGUAAGGAUUGCUGGACGAAUCCCAAGGCGGCAGUGACUAUACAAUCUCGCCGCAAAUUCUCGCCGCGAAGGGCCAUGUCACAAUGCCAGAGGGUAUGGACAUACCCAUGUCCUCCAUGCGGGCCAUGUCUGUCUGGAUAAUAGCCAUGGGGGCCAGGCCCAAGGUCCCGAAUACGUUAUGUUGCAUGAGCAAGGGGUGAGAAUGUGCCUGCGACCGAAUUAGACGAUUUCGCUGUACUAUUUGAUAAUAUGUGACAUUUUUCCACCAAGAUCAUUCCAUUCUCUUUUUCUUCUGUUCACGGCAGGAUGAGCCCGGAUUCCUCAUUUAAAAGCCUUCCCUUGGUCAUUCACUGGUACCCUCCCCCUCUGCGGCGCUCACGACCAGCGGAACAAGCUUGCCUCCUUUGUUCUGUUUUCUUUUCUGGGAAAGUUACAGUGGGGUUGUCCAACAUGUUCAGGCGCGCUCUUUUCUUCCUUCUCCUCUUCACUGCUUCCGUGUUCGCCUUCCCCGCCCACAGGCGGGAGUUACGCCGCCUUGCACCUCAGCUUCGGGACCCUGUGCACGGAGAAACGAACGCGAAGCGAUUCGCGAACGGCCUGCCUCCUUUACCACCAGCUUGGAGGAGGAAUAUUAGGGCCUCACGAACUGACGCGGCCAAAAGGGCACAGGGCAGCGGCACAACGACUUGGAGCGGCAGAAUUAAAGUAACUGGCGCGUCGGGUGGUGGGGCCCUUGGGUACCUCACAUUGACCAGUGCUCAGGACCGCUAUAUCGUAGGCAAGGCAUCAAGCGCCGAUACGUUUACGGCCACGUUAUUUCAAAGUGGUAUCACUCAGAGCGUGAGCUUUAAGGACACUAAUGCUCCGAGUUCUCAUCCCUAUUUGGCUGGUCUUGUCUCGCCGGGUUCCCCACUCCGUACGACAAAUCAGAAUUUUGCUACUUUGGGAGAUUCUGUGCAAACUUCUCCCAAUAGUACCCCUCAAUCUGGCGGUGGAGUUUCCAUUGCUGGAGACGAAUACGAGACGGCGAUCUGGGAUUAUGACGCCUCAUCUCAGAAUAUUGCACCCAAGUGGGUAAAUCAUGAUAGCAGCACGCCAGCGAUCUCAAUCUUGUGGGAUGCAACUGGACAGGCGAUUUACCUCACGGCCAAUCCGACGGGCGUUACCAGCGCUCAUCCUGGGUCACAAAUUGUGACACUCUCUUUAGCUUGAUGACGACCUGUAAUGACAAGACCUGACUUCCCUCACUUGCUGGGCUCUUUACUUAUCUUGGUAUCCAGGCAUUCAAUCUAGUUUGGAUGACUCUGCUAUUUUCAUUAUGAUUCAAUGAAUUGUUAACUUCAAGAAGCGUGUCCUUUUAUACUAACGCACGGGAAACCAUCGCAAUGUUUUUCGCCGUAUCGUGCUCAAGAACUACCCCUAUGUUCAUUCAUUCCCGUUAUCUUACGCAGAAUUAAUCUAGUUACUUUUAAGCUAGACAUCAGAAAAUGCUAUGCUUCGUCGAGUCAGCAGGUUGUUGCUUCCCUUCUGAGUCGAAUGCAGCUCCUCUGGCACAU